AAUCACUUUAAUCAGAGGGCUGAUGGCGAAAAAGACAACAGUCAACAAUAACAUUAUACGGCAAUACAGAGUUGUACACGCAAACGAGUAACGACGAUAGCUGAAGCAAACGUAAACAUAAAUCGCGAUGAUGAUCUCUCGCGGUGGAGUGACGUCUGCAGCUGGUCGAUGAGAAUAAUUCGCGGUAUUCAGUGUUCACAGUUUGCAUCCGUUCGUCGUCCGUUCAUUUCGCACACACGGGAAGUGCGGAAAUGCGUUUGAAAUGGAAGCCUACUAUAUGUGGGAGCGGGUCCAUCUAACCGAGGACAUGAGUCGGUCGUGCAGCUCCUGCGACUGUGUAACGUAUUCGUAUUUUUUGAUAUCCGUGUUCCUGUUCACAUUGGGCUCCAUCAUAUCGGUGUUCUCGUUCGGGGCGUUCGAUGACACUGUUUUCGCCAACCUGGGCCACAUGUGGAUGGUUGGACCGCUGUGCAUCUGUUCGGCCGUCAUGAUCGGCAUCAGGAACAUACUGUAUUUGCGAAGGCGCCGUGUCAUCGACAUGGUCAUCCGCCAACAGAUAGAGGACAUACGAUCUCAACAGGGGCAGUUGGCGGACGCUCAACAACAGUAUUCGUUGCCGAUACGUACGGUUAGCGAACUUACCUUGCCCCCGUCUUACGAACAGUUGAUUGGUAGCCACAGCGAAGAGGGAAGUGAUCUACCACCACCGUCAUACGAAGAAGCUAUUGUCAGCAUGUCCAAGGAAACAACCAAAAGUGACAACAUUAUUGUCCUUAAUUAUUCUGUUAAAUAAUUUUGUGAGCAUGACUUAAUUGCGGGAUGGCGUUUGAUGGAAAUAAUUACAUCAUCAGCUAGAAUAUUAUUCCAGAAAACUUAUUUUCCACUUUAGACAUAAUGUCUUUCUCGAAAAUAAUAAUGCAAAAUUAGCCAAUCAAAACAUUGGUAAAAGUUACAAUCGUUUCUUAAAAUUAGAUCUAAAUCAAUUUUAUCUACCAUAAAUAAAAAUAUAAUCUCCAGUUUUAUUUGUAAAUAACUACUCUGUAUGAUCAACAGUUUUUGUUCUUAAUAUAGGCUGAUGAAUGUUACUAAACGACAUUCUUUGCUAUAAAAAUUACAAAUACAUUGAAGACAUGCAUACAUAGGAAAAUUAUUGACAUUUUAUUCAAACUUAUUUUUGUUUUAUGAAGUUUUUUUUAUAAUUUGUUAUCUCAUUUAAGAGAAAAAUUUCGAUAUUAGGUUUUAAAAGGUCUGAUUUCAAAUGUGUAUUUAAUGGCGAUACAACGGGUUAUAUAUUAUUAGGAUUUAGAAACUUGAACAAUUUAAUACCUGAACUGUAGUUUUGUUGUUGUAGAUAAAUCAAUACAAUUUCCUAUUUUUUGACAUUACUAAAGUAUCUCAGAUUUAUAAGUAUUAUUAAACAAUAACGAGCAUACAUUUUUUUUUAAUGUUUUUGGAAAAAAUCUGUUUCAAUAAUUAAAAGUAAUGGAAGAUUACUAAAUUAAGUGUAUACUAACCAAUGUGAUUAAUGUAUACAAUUUAUUUUUGAAAACAGUAUUAUAUACAAUCAACAGACUUGCCAGUCUUUUAAAUUAAAAAAAAAAAUAUUCAAAUUUUGCUUCUGAUUUUCCAUUUAUAGGAUUUAUUUUUGUAGACCAAGUUAUCAUAUUUUUAUUCUGUGAUUAAUAAUCUGAAAAAUUCUAAUAUAAGACUAAGUAUUCAUAAUUGUAUUCUAGAAAGUACUUAAUUUUAAAACUUACUUAAUAUUUAUUAAUUUCUCGAUAUAAAAUAGAAUAAAUAAUAAUUCACUUCAUAAUUUAUUAUAUCCAAGAGCUAAUAAUUAUACUACAUUUUAAGGAUAAAUAAUUUUGCAUACAAUACAUCAGAGUUAUUUAUACCGUUAAGUUUAAUUAAAAUUAUUUAAAGUUAAUACAAACAUGAACCAAACAAAUCAUUAAUGAUAGGUUAUGAGCUUUUUGAUGUGAAUUAUAUAAAAAAAAAAAAAAAGAAUGAUACAAGUUUAGUCAAUUACUCGAUAAGAACCCAUUAUGUAAUGUGUUAUUAAUUAAAUAUUUGAAUAUGUACUAGAUGUUAAUAGCAUAAUGUAUUAGUUCAAUAUUUGACAAUUAUCUUUAAACACCAGUACUGUAUUAUGCAGAAAUAGUUUUUUCCCCUAUAAAUAAGCUUUGAAUAUUAACAUCAAAUUUUUCAAUAAUAUGCUUCCGUAUAUAUUCCAUUUAUCUUGAGAUACCGUUAGCAUAGCCAUAUUACGUUUCCACUGAACUUGUAUAAAUGUACCAACCAAUAUUUCUGUAGAAAAUGAUCUCAUGCAAUUUCUCCUCUGGAUGGUUCUAAUAUUUACUAAUACAAUUUUGAAUUUGUUAAUAUACCCAUGUUCUCAUUUUACUAAAAAAAUAAUAUAAUAUACUUUUAGUAAUUAAUACUAUUAAUGACUAGUCUUCCUUUAUUGUUGUGUCCAUAACCAUGCCAUUUUGAACUUUUAAAUCGUGGAGAUUAACCAAUUGUAGUUAAUAUCGUUGAUUGAUACUAAAAUCUCUCAGUAUUGUACUUAUUUCUAUGAAAUCUUUUCUAGUUUAUUAUUAUCAACGGUAUUAUGUAUAACGCAAACCAACAAACUGAAUAAAUUAUUAAUAGUCAUUAGGUUGCUUAUGAGGGUAUAUACUAUAUUGUGCUUUAAAUUAAAAAAUGUUUGAAUAAUAUAGUAUAAAUUAGUAUUUUUUCUAAACUAUUAAAAUUUCUUUACGAAUGAUGCUUUUUUUCUAGCACACAAUUUAUAAUUUUCCAUAUCAAACUAACAAAGCUAUUGUUGUUUAUUAUAUAUAAUUUUUUUUCUAUUAGCCAACCAAUCACGCAUAAAUCAUAACAAAAUAUUAAGUCAAUUGUUACGACAAGUUAUGUCACAGGCAGGAUACUGUAAUUAAUAAUUUAGUCGCUAAUUUCAUAUUAGAGCAAUAACAUUGUAUACUCUAAUACAGUUAUUUUUGUUUACCAUUAAUCUCACGCUGUAAUAAUUAUUUUUGUUGUCGUUGUCAUAAAUAAAUAACUAACAUUAACAAAUGUGUGAUCACUGUGUAAUAAUUAUACCUAGUUGGCAAUUGUGAUAUUUAUUUAUAAAUAAAUAAUAUAUAUUAUAUUAAUAAUAAUUAUAAUAUAAUACACGCAAGUAGUAUUAUAAAAAAAUGUUUGAACAUGUACUUAUGAAAUAAAUAAAACAAUUAACAUGUAAAA